AUGAUCAGCACAGUUGUGCUCGAGGUCUUGACUUUGAUUUGCGCGAGGAUGUAUCGUAUGGCUGUGCAGGGUUGUGCCAAUGCUGGCUUGUGCGCCAAAGCGGAGACAUGGUUUGGCGCAGAAGGGAAUGGGGGUCAAACACGCCAACAACGUCUGAUGCCAUCCAUGCACAGGUUCGGUCCUUCAGGGUUGGGCCUGGUAAUGGUCGUGGUAGUGAAAUCUCCGAUGACAAGCACAAGUCACUUUCUCGUCGGCUUAUGGUCUGAUUUUGCAUCCCUCUUGAUUUGUCGUCGACAUGCCGAUAGCCGGCCCAGCUGCGGCAAGCACGCGAUGAACUGA